AUCAGCAACUGCUGCCCUCGGUUGGCAGCCGCUGGUUGCUGGACCAAUGGCUGGGGCGCGGCAUGGUGUAGUUCUCAUGCCCAGUCAAGGUGACGGCUUUUGUGAGUGCGAAGACUCCUGCUUUAACGAUGGCCCUCGUCGUGAGCGACAAGGAUAUCACUAUGUGGGUCACGGACAUGGCUCGUUCAGUCAGGUGAACGAAAUGGAAUUCGUGGGCCGUGGCCGCGGCAACUAUGAAAAGCAACACAGGACCUUGGUCCAAGGCUAUCAAUGCAGGCCGCAGUGUGUGGCGAUCGCGAGCGGCGCACUGCUGGUGGCCACCAUUUUCAUCAUCGCCGCCAUCCUUCACGCACAGAACGCCCAGAACGCAGCUGCUGAUGAUGCUACGCCAGGGAUCUUCAGACACCCUGGGAACGUCCGCGGCACGGGUGCCUAUGAUUGCAAUCUCGGCUUCGAGCAUUGGCGUGAAGCAUGGACCCUGAGACAUCAGCGAUGGUGCUGCUUUUCGGAAAACAAAGCCUGCGCGGAAAAGAUCGUCCAUCACGACCACUACAUCCAGGUGAUCCGACAUGGUGAUGCGAUGCAUGGCCACUUCAGUCAUAGGAUUGCGGCAAGCUAUGAUCCAGAAGCUGAUAACCAGAUCUAUGACUGCACCAUGGGAAUCCCCAGCUGGCAGAGUCUUUGGUCACAGUCCAAGAAGGUUUGGUGUUGCGAUCAUAGCCAUGGGGAGGUGAUGCUGCCAUUAAGGAGCUAUUGCUGCACUUCUCUCCACAUUGGUUGCCAAGAUGGCUACCACAGGAAGUCUCUCGACUGAGAACCCACGGGGUUGCCUAAUCGGGCUGACCUCUACAUGCAUUGUACCGCUACGGCGCUACGGCUAAUGUUCGCAGGAUGGGUUUGAAUAG